AUGGCAGACUUCGUCAAGCUCUCUAUCUUUGGUACCGUCUUCGAGGUCACCACCCGAUAUGUCGACCUCCAGCCGGUCGGUAUGGGCGCGUUCGGACUUGUCUGCUCGGCAAAGGACCAGCUGUCCAACACGUCGGUCGCGAUCAAGAAGAUUAUGAAGCCGUUCUCGACACCGGUGUUGAGCAAGCGGACGUACCGAGAGUUGAAGCUGUUGAAGCACCUCCGGCAUGAGAACAUCAUUUCGCUGAGCGAUAUCUUCAUCUCUCCCCUCGAGGACAUCUACUUCGUCACCGAGCUCCUCGGAACCGACCUGCACCGCCUCCUCACCUCCCGCCCGCUCGAAAAGCAAUUCAUCCAAUACUUCCUUUACCAGAUCCUCCGGGGUUUGAAGUAUGUGCACUCGGCCGGUGUUGUGCACCGGGAUUUGAAGCCUAGUAACAUUUUGGUCAAUGAGAACUGCGAUUUGAAGAUUUGCGACUUUGGUCUUGCCCGUAUCCAGGACCCCCAGAUGACUGGUUACGUCUCGACACGGUAUUACCGCGCGCCCGAGAUCAUGUUGACAUGGCAAAAAUACGACGUCGCUGUCGAUAUCUGGAGCACAGGAUGUAUCUUUGCCGAGAUGCUGGAAGGCAAGCCGCUCUUCCCCGGAAAGGACCACGUCAACCAGUUCUCGAUCAUCACCGAGCUGCUCGGUACACCCCCCGACGAUGUCAUCCAGACCAUCGCUAGCGAGAACACCCUCCGAUUCGUCCAGAGCUUGCCAAAGCGGGAGAAGGUCCCCUUCGCCACCAAAUUCCCCAACGCUGACCCCUUAGCCCUGGACCUGCUGGAGAAGAUGCUCGUAUUCGACCCGCGCACACGUAUCUCGGCUACCGAGGCGCUCGCGCACGAAUACCUCGCGCCAUACCACGACCCAUCCGACGAGCCCGCCGCGGCCGAGGUGUUUGACUGGUCCUUCAAUGACGCGGACCUGCCGGUGGACACGUGGAAGGUGAUGAUGUACUCGGAGAUCCUCGACUUCCACAACCUCGGAGAUAUCUCCCAGGUCGAAGCCGAGGGACCGAUCACUGGCGAAAUAUCAGCUGCGCCCGCUUCGUGA